AUGCAGUUCACCAGCACCGCCGCACUUGCCUGUGCCCUCUUCUCCUCCAUUGGCUUUGCCGCCCCCUCUGAACACUGGGCAACUACAGCCACCAUCCAGCUCGCCAACGACCAGUCGGGCGCAAAUGCCAAUGUCGCCGUUCCCGUUGAUGGCGUGAAGCGCUCCGUUCAAGAGCUAUGGGGUCACACCUCUGUGGCCCACAACGGCCUCGUCUUCGCCUCAAGCGCCCAGCUCACUGCUUUCCAGCAGACGACUGUCUGCAAGAUCAUCCAGGAGCCUCGCAUUCAUGUUACUCUCGAUGCUGAGAAGACCUGGGUCUCCUUUGGUGGAGGUGUUGUCGAUCUUUGCGCCGCCUAUGUUGUUUGUGAGUGCGAAAGAAUGUGA